AUGACUUUCCUAGAACCGGCAGAUGAUGCUGAUGAUGAUAACGAAGACGAUAAUGAUGAUGACGACGAUGAUGAUGAUGGUGAUGAUGGUGGUGGUGGUGGUGGUGGUGAUGAUGAUGAUGAUGAUGAUGAUGAUGAUGAUGAUGAUGAUGAUGAUGAUGAUGAUGAUGAUGAUGAUGAUGAUGAUGAUGAUGAUGAUGAUGAUGAUGAUGAUGAUGAUGACGACGACGACGACGACGACGACGACGAGGAUGAUGAUGAUGAUGAUGAUGAUGAUGAUGGUGGUGGUGGUGGUGGUGGUGGUGGUGGUGGUUGUGGUGAUUAUUAUUAUUAUUAUUAUUAUUAUUACGGCGAACCAGUCCCUUCUCCCCCUGACACUGACGGUAAUUUUGUUUUUCACCUCACCCACCCAGACCCUCCCCCCCCAAACCCCAGUGUAAUGACCCGGAAGGAAGGUAGGAAAGGAAGAGAGCCGGUUCGGACGACGAGCACUUUAUUGGAAACUUGCGGACACAAGGGGGUUCAAGUGAUAAGAAAGGUGCGCUAUUUAUAGUGGCUCCUGUGAGUUCUAGAACAUUCCGACCAAUGGCGCAUGCGCGAUAGCCCCCCGGUGGUAACGUCUUGAAUGUUCAACCAGCGAUCGAUUGGGCCGCGCACGUGCAAAGCCACCACACGUGCUCGGCGCUGCAGUGCAUGCCGGUCGACCGUCUAACUUCACGCGUGUCUCAUGUCGCCGCCUUGGUCCCCUGUUCAGCGCCUUAGGCCGUGGCCCUACGCUGCUUGUACUCUCCAUAACACCCAGUUACAGAAAAACAUCUGCAUGCCCGCAUUGUUUUUUAAUCACUUAGAUAGCAAUAUAAAUGUAUAGGCCUGAUAAGAAUUUAUCGAAAGUUUACGUAUGCUUGCCAAAUUUUCUUUUGAAUUCUUCAAUGAAACUUUUCGCAUCUCUAAAAGAAUUCAUUAAAUAUUUUGGUUUUUCCUUUUAUCUGGUCUUAUUUACUGAUAGGGAAUAAUGAUGGGAUCUAACUCUCUGAUGGAUCAUUCUCCUUCCUCUUUUUUGCCUACUCUCGGUCUUAUCUCCUUGAGAGCAAAGCUCUAAAACCUCAGCCAUUUACUGUCUCGACAAUUUACUGAUCACCAAAGACGUCCUGAAUGGUUUGGGGGCUAGAAACAACUUUCUCGCAACAGACCAUGGUGGCAGAAAGUAUGUUACAUGACGGAACUGGAUCUGUAAUUAUUUACUCUGCUAACAGCACAGAUAUUAGCUAAAAGACCUGAUAAGCGUGUUUCGCCGAUCUUGUGCCACUGUCUGACGCAGCUGCGGGGGGUUCGGCUCAUUAGUGGGUCUUCCAGCUUUCCCCGUGUGUUUUCUGUUUUGUGAACACUAGUUUCGACUUGUCUGGUUUAAUUUCCGAGAAAGUUUGUGCGCAAAAUUGGAGUAAAUCUCUUGAAACAGACCUCUUGGUGAUCACCUACUACUGAAUUCCCCUGACUGUGUUUCAUCCCCCUGAACUACUGAGGCGUGUUCGCUGUCAGUAAAAAUAGGUGCUAUUUCUUGCGUGUUACUCGAGGCGAGCCUAUCCUCCAGUCUGGAGAUACAAUGGCAAACAGUGGAGUCCGAUAACCCGUCAUGCACUUUAAAUGUUACUAACGCGUUAAUGCCCGGAAAUAAUCCCAAUCUUCGGCUGAUGUUAUGCGUUCUCUGGUGUCCAAUCACGGGUGUUUUACUGCAGGGAAGUCCAGUGCUGAGAAGUCAAUUUGAAAAAAUUCUCCAAAAUGUUUUCCUAGCGUAAAACGAAUAUUACGCUAUAAAACACUGACGGAUGAAUGGAACAUUUCGGUUUGAAGGAGAUAUACCUAGGAUUUUAUUUUUAAAGCGUAACGCAUCCCCACGCACCGCCUGUUGCUGUUGCCUAGCUAAGACAACCUCAAUGACUAUGUCGACGGCUGAUAUACUGUAGGCUGUCUUUGAUAAAAAGCACUAUUUCGGCCUUUUGUAAGAUGACUAACUGCCGAUGUACGCUGCUUUGCUUCCCCUUAAAAACCAAUUAACGCUCUGUACAUAUGAUUUUUGAAAAGUCACAUUACUACUGGCAGUUUUUGGCGACGGUUUUGGUCAUUCCUGACCAUGCAUUCGGUUGACCAAAACGCAAACCACUUAGCCUGGAAUUUCGGUAAUAUCCAGUCGAAAACGGAGAAGAAAGAUCUUAACCAAUAUUUGUCAUUGUUGUCUAUAACGUCAUUACAUUCUUUUGAUAAAGUUGUGAUGUCUCGUUCGUAAAAUUUCCUCGAAUUGCAUGAGAAGCAAGAAACCACCUCAUUCGCAACCAUUGCCCCAAGUCCAUUAAAAUUACUCUGCAGAGUAUUGGGUAGGCUUAAGAGAAAAAGGUGGACGUAGCGUUUCUUCCCAGAUACAUUCUCCUAAGAGAACCCUAGUGACUUUUGCGGUGUGUUAACGGAUAUUAUUUUGGUCGAAACGGCCCGGCAACUGAACGGUGCACGGCGGUGAGUGGGGCCGAUCCUGGGACUUCAGUCCCCAAGGCACUUCAACGCAUGCGUCGCUAGUAAUGAAUCAGACACGUCCGAGUCUAUCACUACACGCUUAACACCGUGGCUUGGAAGAUCGCUGACUGCAGAUGCAACUCAGACCUCCCUGUCAGCCCAACACACGUGUAUGGUUUUUUGUGUGUUGUGCGGGUGGCAGGUCACGUAUGCGACACGCGCAGAUGGCUGUCAGCCACUCUUAGGGCCAAUUUCAAUAUCAGUAGGUUGACCGGCUCAGACACAGUGGACUGGUAGACAGGAGGGGUAGAGAGAGAAUGAGGUCGAUUCUGGGGACUCCAUCACCACGGCAUUCGGUGAAUACUUCACCCUGUAAACGAUCUGACGCGCUUUUGAACUAGCACGGUCGGCUAAAAUUUGUGACUUGAAGGGCUGCCAACUGACGGGACACUUCGGUCCUCCUUUCAGGAAGGAGAGUUAGGCUGGAAUGGUUCCUUCUUAAUGUGGCCUCUAUGGCACUCCCAUUCAGCCGUGAUCCGUGCCACUCACUUCUUGUUCCCCUGAAACCUUGGCUUUUUUUGCACGGACCAGGCUUGUGUGGCACGCUUAGACGGCCUUUUUAGCCUUUGCAAUCAAUGUGUCCUGUCCCGCCUCUGGUCCUCUUGACUCUCUCUUGAUACCGGGCUCGGUGGGUGACAUAGAUAGAUAGAUAGAAAGAGAGAGGAGAGAAUACGGUAGAUGCAGCUCAAAUUUCCGUAAGCUACUUCGCAUGCAAGUCACCAUCUCUGCAGGGGAUUCUGUGGAAGUCUUCUUUCAGAGUAAGCUAAUUCACGCGCAAUUUGCCAACUCGGUAAGGUGAGGGACCCCAUGCAUCUGUGACAUAUAAGGAAUACCUACCAGACUUAUUUAAGUGAACUUAGGUCCGACGCGAUUAUGUCGGUUUGGUAUUUCGUCGUCCAGGGUUGGAUAUUCUGUUGUAGACGGUCUAGUGCAUUAUUUAGAAAGACCUCAGCUCAGGGAGUUGAGAAGCGAUCGUUUCAGACACUUAGUGUUCAUUUUUUAAUUGUCUUGCUUAAUUUCGGUUCCUAUAUUUCAAUGCAUCAAAAUUUUCCGUUUAAAAAACAAAAUUUGCCAAUUAUCUCUACUUAUUUUGCCAUUCCUCUAUGCAUGCAUAGGCCCCGCCCGUAAAGCUUCCAUUACCACCUUUCCUAUAAGACAGCCACCUUUGGUUGGCCGUGUGUGUGUGUGUGUGUUUGGAGGCCUUCACCCGAUCGUUGCCGCACACGUACCCCCCGUCGACUAUUGCGUCUGAGCCCACCUCCAGUCAUCUUGACAUUAUUUGGGCAUCAGAGUCCAGUGGUUGGGGGGGGAUAUAGUGCAAGAGAUGCUGUGCAAGUCUGCCUCCCUAUAAACUAGUUGAGGCGCGAAUGCCCAGUGCUGCGCCCAAUCCGUGUCGUCGCUUUCGACGUCUGUGA